GGCCUUUCCUUUCGCAAAGUAACACCCCGGCACUUCCGCCACCGGACACAGGUGGCAGGCGGCGGUGACAUGACGCUGACGCCAGCACCGGGGGCCGCCUCGCCUUCUGGACGGAGCCUGCAAGCCGCCACCACGAAGUCGGGAACGGCGUCGCGCGGGCCGCGGCGGAAGCCGGAGCGUUUGGGCGACGGGACCGCGGGAACCCGGAAACGCCCGGGCCGCACCGGGCUGGCGGCGGCGGCGGCGGCGGAGGCAGCGGACGGCGCCGCGCGGCAGGGGACGCGAGCAGCCCGGGGGGCCCGGGGGACACAGCAGCCCCGGGCGCCGGGCGGAGCGGAGCCGCCGCCGCCCGAGCGCGCAGCCGGCCGAGCGGCCCCGCAGGCAGAUGCAGAUAAAACGAUGUCCGCCAACCUCAAGUACCUGUCCCUGGGGAUUCUGGUCUUCCAGACGACCAGCCUGGUCCUCACGAUGCGCUACUCCCGGACGUUGAAAGAGGAGGGACCUCGCUACCUCUCCUCCACGGCGGUGGUUGUGGCCGAGCUUUUGAAGAUCGUGGCCUGCGUUUUACUCGUCUACAAAGACAGCAAAUGUAGUCUCAGAGCACUGAAUCGCACACUACGUGAUGAAAUUCUUAAUAAGCCCAUGGAGACGCUUAAACUUGCCAUUCCGUCAGGGAUCUACACUCUUCAGAACAACUUGCUCUACGUGGCGUUGUCCAAUCUGGAUGCAGCCACCUACCAGGUCACCUAUCAGCUGAAGAUCCUCACGACGGCGCUGUUUUCUGUGUCCAUGCUCAGUAAGAAGCUGGGUGUGUACCAGUGGCUGUCCCUGGUCAUCCUGAUGACCGGAGUCGCUUUUGUGCAGUGGCCCGCAGACUCCCCGGAGCUGGACGCGAAGGAGCGCUCAGCGGGCUCCCCGUUCGUCGGCCUCAUGGCGGUCCUCACGGCGUGCUUCUCAAGUGGCUUCGCCGGGGUUUACUUCGAGAAAAUCUUAAAAGAAACCAAGCAGUCGGUGUGGAUAAGAAACAUUCAGCUGGGUUUCUUCGGGAGCCUGUUUGGCUUGAUGGGCGUGUACGUCUACGACGGGGAGCUGGUGUCCAAGGACGGCUUCUUCCAGGGCUACAGCCGCCUGACCUGGGCCGUCGUUGCCCUGCAGGCACUCGGAGGGCUCGUCAUCGCUGCGGUCAUAAAGUACGCAGAUAAUAUUUUAAAAGGGUUUGCAACCUCUUUAUCCAUAAUAUUAUCAACACUGAUAUCCUAUUUCUGGCUGCAGGACUUCGUGCCAACCAGUGUCUUUUUCCUGGGAGCCGUGCUCGUCAUAGCAGCCACCUUCCUGUACGGCUACGACCCCAAGCCUGCAGGGAACCCCACGAAGGCGUAGCCCGGCGCCCUCCGUCACUGGCUUCGCCCGCGGGGCGCGGGGGUCUCCGCACCAAACGGACUCCGAGGACUCCUGCAGACCCUCGGGGGUGUCCCGCUGGGUCUGGUCAUAGUGUCCGGAUGGUUUGAAAACAUAAUGUUUGAGGGUAAACUAUGCGUCUCUGUCACAAAAUGCCUGUUGCAUCUAGAAAUCAAAACUUGAAAGUGUUUCCAGGGAUUAGAAUUAGUGGAGGAAACUUGAAACCUGAGGUUAGAAAGAUUUCACUGCUCUGACCGCUGCAGGCGGGCCCUGUGCCGUCCUCGCGGGGGCUCAGGCGACUGUGUCAGCCCAGCCUCUGCGAGCCGGCCCGAGUUGCUGCCCCCGGCGGCUGCGUCCCCUCCCCCCGAGCUGCUGCCUCAGGUCUCGCGGAGUGUGCUCAGAGGGUGAGACCACGUGUUCCUGUCGGGCUGUGAAGAAACAAGUGUGGCCCGAAACACGUUCACACGCCCCUACGAUUUCUACACUUACACCCCAAUCAGUCAGCAAACGGGGGCGAGAUGCUGUUUGUUCCGCUGCGUCCACACGGACGGAGUGACAUUCUGGGUCUGAUUCGUCAGGGCAGAACAUUCACGAGUCACGUUUAAAUCUCACGCAGAGAGAGGCACACGCCCCUUUCUCCACCCCCACCCACCCCCUCUGGGAGCGUGUCGUGCGUGGCCGCUCGCACCGCGGUCUGCAGGCUUCUACGCUGACGGAGCUGAGUUCUCCACGCAACCGCAUUCCCUUCUGUAAGUCGGAUGAAUCUUGACUAGUGCCCUGAACUACAUCGCAGUGUCUGUUCCAUUAAAGUUUUAAUAUGUAAUUUAAAGGGAUUAAGUACUCAUUUAAUAACUUAAAUAAAAUAACUAUUAUCUAAUAUCUCCAUUUGGAGAGUUUUGAACUAUCAAAGCAUGUACUGUGCAGAACUAGAAAGUCUGCAAGGAGCAUUUUACCCACUGAUCUGUGAAAUCUACAACUGCUGACAGAAGCCACCACCGCAAAACAGGAGGACUGAUGCCACCCACUGGGGACCAAAGUGGCUUUUCUUGGAGACGGUCCAGGAGGCCGCGAUGUCACGUUGUUUUAAACGGCCCUCUCACCACACACUCAAGGCUGCUCAUGGAGCUUCCCCAGCCUCUCAUAGGGCCACCGUCCCCAGGUCACCCCGGUCCCACUUUUGAGUUCCCUUUCCGUGCUGCUGGGAGGAGCCGCCACUCGGCUUCCAAAUAGCGUUCUUUCCCGUUCUCACUAGCGCUGCAGCUGAGGCUGCGGAUACCGGGAGAGAGUCAGUGCGUUGGUGCAGGGAGAGAGAAUGUGGCAGGAGUGAGAAGACGAACUGGCGGGCAAAGGUACCUCCUGCAGCCGGAACGUGAGUCUCACUGUUGACCAGGCAGAAUCACCUAUCGAGUAGAAGAGCUGUACUACUUUCAUUCAUACUUUAUGUGUACUUUUUACCAGUUUCCUGCGCUAAGAGCAUACAAACAGUGAGAAAUAGGUAUUUCCAUAUCUCCCCAGUGGCUCUGGUCGGACAGAAUCGGGCUCCGGAACACCGUUCACACACUGGGCGCCCUGCACCCCCCAGGGUCGGCAGCUACUCCCCUGGUGCGGGCCUGGCCCCCGCGGGCCGGGGCCUGACGCAGCCCACCCAGGGCUUGUGUGUGUUUGCAGGGAGAAGACACUCACGGCCGUUUUGCCGGUGUUUCCAGCUUGGCACUGAGCAGACUUCCGGAAGCCUGGCUCGCUGGUUUCCGGUGACCGGCGAAAGUAUCGUUUGGAGUGAGCUCAGUAGCUCCCACGUGUUGAGCGCGGGUCGUUCGGUCUGUAACGACGAUCCGACCCCAGCCUUCCCGCGGGCGGUGCGGGGCCUGAGUCCCGCAGGUGCGUGGAGUGGACUCGAGACCAAACAGGAGGUUUGUUUGUGUUCGGCCCGCGAGCAGGGCUGUGUGGGUGACCACGCGUUAAUCCAGUGUGUCCCCACGGCUAAGUGUUAAUUCAGGUGUCGUCUGUCCCUCUACUGAUACUUCCAAAAAUAACGCGAGAUCGCGAUCGGAGACCCAGUAUGUCAGUUACAGCGGUGAUACGUUUUCAGCUGUCCGACAUAACACACUUUUCAAGACCCCCAACAGAAUUGAUGAAACUAUAAUCCAGAGUUGUUGAGAAAAUAGUCUGAAGUAUACAAGUAUUUCAAAGCAAUUUUUAAUCAUAUGUUGCUUUUCUAGUCAGUUUGAAACGUCAUGCGAGGCCGGGCUGUGUGGUUCACACUUGCUGAUUCAUACACGAACAGUCCGACUCGAGGGGAACCUGCGUUCCAGACGGUGUCACGCGUGUGCACAGAUGACACAGUUUCCUUGUGUGUGUGGCGGGGUGGGGGGGGGCAGUGGUGGCGAGGUGUUUGGUGACCUCCAAAGCCUUAUUGUGUUGAUAUUUUGUAAUGAUGACUCCUUGGUUAUGUAAAUUCUCACUUUGUAAAGUUCACUUACUGUCUCUCAACUACCUUGUCCACUGCGGAAACCUGCGGAUCCGCGGGAGGACCGUGCCAGCUGGCGGCCCGUCGACAGCCGAGAACGCGGUGCGCGGGGAGGACAGUGGGAAGCGUCGGUUCAGGGACGAGGGACUUCCUGCUCCGGAGAGCGGGGAGGCUGCUCUUACGGUGGGGAGCGGAGCUCAGAGACGCACGAUUUCAGCGUUUACACCAGUGUGUAUUACAUGUCACAAUUCCAUGGAAGGAAGGGUGGUUUGACCCUUGAACCAGAUUCUACGGGGACAGACUCGGACAGGAAACCGUGUGUACUUGGCAGAUGCGGGGCGAUGCUGACUGUCCUCGUUAGGAACUGCUACACCUUUCCUACCCAUCACGUUCCUGGUCUUUCCAAAUGUCAUUGCAUAGUCAUUCAACUGAGUCUUUUUUUUAUAAAAAACAGGGUGCAGCAUUACUCAUUUUAUUUCCAUUUUUAUUGUUGUAAUAUUUAAUGACAUGUGGAUGCACGCUUUGCCUGAGAGAAAGUUUAUAAAGGUUAUUUAUGCUAUAUUGAAAGACAUUUUAAGAAUCUCUGUGAUAUGUAGCACAUUUAAAGUAAUUAUAGGACCAAAGAAAAAGCACCUUUAUCAAAGUCUGGUCCUAUGUGCCUUGCUUUACCGCUAUACCUGACUUUUUUUCUGGAGAAUAUUACUGUAAUUCACAACUUUGGACACAUGGGCAGAAUUAGGACGUUUUACGAAUAACUGUAACUCAGUGUCUUGGUUGUUUCAGCAUUGGCUCUCGCAGCCCACUACCUACAGUAGGUGUAGCGAGGCCCCGCACCGGCCUCGUCCACGGCGGCUCCAGGACGCCGCCCGCGCUUUUCCGGCUUUGUCACCUGUACGUAACCGUCACGACUUCGUUCUGUUGCUUAUUAUGAGAUAGAAUUUACUGCGAUUUAAACAAAAAUUUUUAAUAAUUUGGGUUCUGAAUUUGUAUGUCUGUAUGUUAUUUCUUUAGGAAGAUUCUUUUGGGACUGGGAAUGUAAUUUGUAUAUUUAAAUUUUUAUGACAUAAUUCAAAGAAAUAUAUAAACUGGUCUUUUGUUAAAUGGAUUUUUUAAAUUGAUAAAUUUCGUUGUCAUUAUUUUGGUAUCCAGGUAUCCACUUAGUAGGUUUAAGAAGGUAGAUCUUUUUCAUAACUACCUGUGUAAGUUUCAACCUGAUAGAUUUUAUUUCUUUUUAGAAAGGGGAAGGGAGGAAGAGAGGGAGAGAAACAUCAGUGUGUGGUUGCCUCUCGUGCACCCCCAGCUGGGAACCUGCCCUGCAUCCCAGGCAUGUGCCCUGACUGGGAAUCGAACCAGCAACCCUUUGGUUCUUAGGCCAGUGCUCAAUCCACUGAGCCACGCCAGGCAGGGCAUGUCUUCUAGCUUAUGCUCAAGUAUGAAGAACUGGAUUUGAUUUAAACUAGUUAGAAUUUCUUUCCCUGUAUGAUGAUGAUUACCUAAAUUUCUUUUGUUUUAAACUAUCUCUUUGCUACCCUCAAGGUUAGGUAAUUAGUAAUUGGUGUGUAUUUUCUUCAUAAUUUGAAUGUAUUUGUUGCUUUUGUGACUAUCAAGUCAAUGCCUAGAGAUCAAAUGAUGAGCUAUAUCAAGGAUUGUAUUACGAAAUGACCUUGUACAAAAUGCUUUAUUUUAAAAGAUUGCUGGAAGAAGAGUAUCAGCACUUCUAAAAUGUAUACUUUGGUAUCUUACGAAAAGCACUUCUUCAGUU